CGGCGGCUCGCGGCGCGGCAACCCCACCAACGCACGCUCGCUUCGAUGGGGCGGCUGCGCGCGUGCAGCCGUCUCCGCCGCCUCCUCGCGACGAGGCCCCCUCCUCCUCCUGCGCGGCCGCCGCCGACGACGAGCGAGCCUCUCCCGCGCCUCGACGCAUACUCGCGCUUCGCUAGGGCCUUCUCGUCGGCCUCGGCGGCGGUCGCCGUCGCGGUGCCGCACGAGGCCCGCGACUCCGGCCUCGGGAGCUCAGCCUACUGGGCCUGGAUCCGGGCGGCGGCAGAGUCGGCCCCAGCUCCCCCGCCCCAGCAUGAGGAGGAGGAGGAGGAGGAGGAUGACGGCCUCGCGCGCUGCAUCCCCGUCAAGGCGUACUUCCUCUCCACCAGCAUUGAUUUGAAGAGUUUGCAGGCGGAGCAUGGGAGCGACGUGGUACCUCCUUCGACCCGAUCGUUGAACUACAUUGCACUCCGAUACUCUGAAUUCCCGCAAGAGAUCAUGGACAUUGGUGUGAAGGACAGCAGAUUCUGCUACCGCUUUGUAGUUGUGUUUCAAUAUGGUUCUGCUGUGCUUUUCAACAUUGCUGAUCAUGAAGCUGAGCACUAUCUUGAUAUCAUCAGGAAACAUGCUUCAGGAUGGCUUCCGGAGAUGAGAAAAGAUGAUUAUGCAGUAGUUGAGAAGCCUUCCCUGACAACAUGGAUGAAAGGAGGUCUUGACUAUAUAGUUCUUAAAAGUUUAGACACAGAUGGAAUUCGCAUCAUCUCAAGUGUUCUUGGCCAAAGUAUUGCUCUUGAUCAUUACAUACGGCAGGUUGAUGACAUGGUUGAGGAAUUUACUGAAAUCAAUCGUGUCAUGGAGAAGACUGGGAACUUUACCAUGCAAAGAAAGAAGCUGUUCCAACUUGUUGGAAAGGCUAAUUCUAAUCUUGCUGAUGUUAUCAUUAGACUUGGCCUUUUUGACAGGUCUGAAAUUGCUUGGAAGAAUUCAAAUUAUGCACAAAUUCUUGAGUAUCUUCGGGAAGAAUAUGAACUGAACCAACGUUUUGGGAGCCUCGACUUCAAAUUGAAAUUUGUGGAGCACAACAUUCAUUUUCUUCAAGAAGUUCUCCAAAAUAGAAGAUCAGAUUUGCUGGAGUGGGGUGUCAUUAUACUGCUGAUUAUUGAGAUUGUCAUCUCAUUGUACGAAAUCAUCAAGGACUCCAGCAUGAUGUCUUGACUUCUCGAGAGCACUCUGCUCACCAGUGUCUUUGACACAACCGGCCCACACUUCAUACUCUCCCUAAACCCCCACAGUUGAACGCUAACCUUAGUUGACAGGAAGUAGAGUAAAGCUUCCUUCAUAGCUUACUUUUGUGUUAUACUGCCUGAGAUGCAUUUUUUAGUUUAUUUAUUCUGCUGGUUCCAAGUACAUCUCACCGCUAACAAGAGCAGUUCUCCAAUACCCAGCAAAAUUCAGUGCCCCAGGUUCUUCAAAAUUCAAAUGGAAAAAGAAUUUUGGUUUUCUUCCGCAUGCAUUUCGACAUAUUUCUUGAUACAUGCCCUAUUUGCUGAUACCACAGCUGGGGCUUCUUUAAGACCUGAUAAUGGUCUCAAUUUUGUUGUAAGACAUGAAGCCAGCAGGAAGCUUGGCUAUUCGAAGAUAUGUAAAAAAAAGGACCCGACAACAUUCAAUACUUAAUGGCGUUCUCCUUUAUUAUAAAUGCGUUUCUCC